GGGAUUAAAGCAUGAAACGCCAAGCCAAGUACCCAGGCCUAAGCCAUCCCAAGAAGUGGGCAGCCUCGAACUGGGAACCUUCCACACGCUCUUCAAGCAACCUAGAGCAGUACCAACAAUCAGCAUGAAAGUUCUAAUCUCUUCCUUCCUUCUCUUGCUGCCACUAAUGCUGAUGUCUGUGGUCUCUUGCAGCCCAAAUCCAGGGGUCGCCAGAGGCAACAGGGGCCAAGGCCAGGCUUCUGGGAGGUGGCUCCAGGCAGGUGGCCAAGAAUGUGAGUGCAAAGAUUGGUUCCUGAGAGCCCCUAAAAGAAAACUCAUGACACUGCCUGGGCUGCCACAGAAGCAGUGUCCCUGUGAUCAUUUCAAGGGCAAUGUGAAGAAAACCAGGCACCAAAGGCACCACAGGAAGCCAAACAAGCACUCCAGAGCCUGCCAGCAAUUUCUCCAACGAUGUCAGCUAGCAAGCCUUGCUCUGCCUUUAUAGGAGCUCUGAGAGCCCACUCUCCCAAUGAAACAUUCUCAGUCAAGACGGCAGUGAGUGCACCUAGAGGAUGCUCUUCUCCCACCUCAAGCUCCCCCUUCCCUGUCUCCACUCCAGUGGACUCAAAAAGCAUUUUCCCUAAGAUUGUUGCUCCCUCUAGUGCCUUCUUUCCUCAGUCUUUUCUGUGCCCUCCCCUUACCCAGGCUUAAGCUUAAUUACCUGAAAGAAACCAGGAAACCCAGGUUUCCUAGCUGGUCCCAACAACCAGGCAAGUAGCAAAGGAAAGUCAAUAAAUACUUUUAAAUGUAA